AUGGGUGCUGCACCUACUCAAGAAAACGCCAAACAACCCGAGACGCCAUUGUCAUCACCUGCUGUCAAGACAGCUAUCCGUGCCUUUGUUCUGUCAUGGUCCCUUACAGCACUUCCAAGCAUCGCGAUCGCGGCACUGAAAGCAGCAACGCGUUCAUCAAAAAAGACACCGCCAUUGCUACAGCUUAUACAGAGAAAUGUGCUAGAGAAUGGGUUCCCAACGUUGGUGGCGGGUGCAUUUGCUGGUCAUCACUUGCUGCAAUACGUUCACAAACACUACAACACGACACAAAAGAAGCAACAACAACAACAACAGUGGCUUCAUAAGGUGGAUCGCAAGACGGCCAUCUUUUUGUCUUCUGCUCUUAGCAUGUUCCUUGUUCGACGUGUUUUCCCUCGUACAAAGACAUUGGAUUUCACCCUAUUUGCUUUGGUGCGAGCAUUGGAUGUCAUGGCUCAUCGUGCAUACGACUCCCCCACUAUUCGAGAACGCGUCCCUGGUUGGUUGCUUGACUAUGGUAGUGUCGCUGUGUUCACGACGGCAUGCACCGAAAUUAUGUUUGCAUGGUUCUACGCACCUGAGAGAUUACCUGGGUCUUAUUCGGGUUGGAUCACAAAAAUGUCCGAGAUGGAUAAGCGAUUACUGAUGGCAUUACGAGCUAUUCGCAGUGGUGAUUGGAAAGAUACUGGUAUGCAAGACCUUCUUGGCGAUUAUGCGGUUGAACUCGGACUUCCAAAAGCAGCUGGAGAUCCUAUGAAUGGACGUAUCCCAUGCCAGAUUGUACAUCAAGGACAACCUUAUGGAUGUGAAGUAUAUGCCAUGAAUCGCUUUGUCAAAGGAUUCCUCAAGGUGUAUCCCCUAUACCUCUCGGUUCAUUUAUUACCACCUUUGCUUUUCCGAACAUCCCAAUUGUUACAGAACCCGGGUAGUCGGCUGUUCCAUAUUCUCAAGGCAUCUACACGCUCCUCUACAUUCUUGGCAUCUUUUAUUACAAUCAUUUGGUACUCGAUUUGCCUCGUCCGCACACGCAUUGGUCACCAAGUCCUGAAUGUGAAUCAAACGUACCUGGAUAACACAUUGGCGCCUUUGGUUGGAUGUAUGCUCUGUGGUUUAUCCCUUCUCAUUGAAAGUCCUCAUCGACGAGGUGAAAUGGCGUUGUAUGUUGUACCAAGAGCAAUGCUAUCAAUGUUUGAACGUGUUUUGGGUCCACAUCAAAAGGGGCGAUGGUGGGAAUCCGUAGCUGCUGAAGCUGCCGAAACGACCGUAUUUGCUUCUUCCAUGGCGGUGGUCUUGGAUGCCAUGUUUAACGACAAAUCCCAUGUACGAUCGUCUGUUCGAGGUUUCUUGUCAUGGAUUAUGAAGGAUGAAUUGAAACAAGAUGAGAAGAAGCAAGAUGAUGACUAG